AGCAAAUGAAACGGGCGCGCAGAUAGUUGUGGAAUAGGUGUCGGAAACAGUGAAAAUAAAUACCGUUAAGCAAACAAAAACACGCACGAAAUACGCCAAUUUGUAUUAUUUUUGGUCGUAAUUAUAUUUAGUACAAAAGUGAAUUGUGUCAGUGGCUCGUGUAAUUUUCUAAUCGUUCUUAUUAUUGUUUUGAGUAUUGUGGGGAGUGCGAAGUUAAAUACACUCACCCACACAUUGGUAUUUAGUACUAUUAUUACAUACCCUUUCGACUACGAACGCCAGCAAAGAGGCAGCAAAAGCAAACAGCCAAUCAGGAAUCAGUGUAGAGAGCGAGAGUGUGCAACACAAGAUGUCAAACAAUUUGCAAACGGCCACACUCGAGGAAAUUCGACAGGCGGCUUCUCGCAUCUGCCGCGACUAUCUAACCGGAAGGUGGAAGGUGGCCACCCCGGAGCAGCUUGUGGUGAAGCGUAUCAGUGGCGGCCUCUCAAAUUUCCUAUAUUACGUAAGUCUGCCCGACUUGGAUGACUUUGAUGAACAGCAACUAUUGGAGGUGGAGCAACACCAGCUGCAGCAGCCGCAACCAAAUGUCAACAUUGGCAGACAUGUUAUAGCUGCCUCGACAUUCGCUAAGAAUAGCAACAGCUACAGCAGCACCAACAACAACAACAACAACAACAACGAGUCGCCCAAGUUGGCUAAUGAAUUGGCCCAAACGGUUGUCGGGGGCGUCGUUGCUGCUGGCGCCGCAGACGAUGAUGAUGAUGUGGCGCUGAGCGCCAAACAGGCAAACAAACGGCGACGCUUCGAUAGCGACAGCGGUGACUCAAGUCUGCUGAGGCGCCUGCACGCUCCCCCCAAGCAGGAACCGCGUGAGGUUCUCUUGCGCAUCUAUGGCCAGACACAUGGAGAUCACGCAUUGGAGAGCAUGAUUACCGAAUCCGUUGUCUUCGCCUUGCUCAGUGAGCGCAACUUUGGACCAAAGCUACACGGCAUCUUUCCCGGUGGACGCAUUGAGCAAUAUAUUUCGGCACGUUCCUUGGCCACAACAGAGAUGGGCGAUGCACGCAUCUCCAUGAAGAUCGCCGAGAAAAUGGGUGAAAUCCAUAGCCUGAAUAUACCGUUGUCCAAGAAACCGGACUGGAUAUGGAACUGCAUGGAUCGUUGGCUGGCCAGCUUGGAGAGCAUUGUGAAGGGCAAGAUUGAAUCGAGGCCCAGUUCGGCGGUGCUGCAAAAGCAGCGUGAACUAAUGCGCACCAUUGACUAUGUGCAGGAGAUGGCCUGGCUAAGAUCGUUGUUCGAUUCGGGUGACUAUCCGGUCGUCUUCUGCCACAACGAUCUGCAGGAAGGCAACAUCCUGUUGAGGCAAUCGAACAGUGGACAAGAACGUACACCCAGGGAAUCGAUAAGUAUAUUGAGAUCCAACUUUGAUGAGACACUGGGCGACAGCCUGGAUGGCAACAGCAACUUGGAUACGGAUGACAAUAAAUCGCACAGCGCCUCACCCUGUCCGGAAUUGGAUACCACAGAUGACUCCGCACUGGACUCGAGCUUUAUGUCCGAUCAUGAGCCGGAUCUCAUUAUCAUUGACUUUGAGUACUGCGCUUAUAACUAUCGCGGUUUCGAUCUGGCCAAUCACUUCAUCGAAUGGACCUUCGACUAUACCAAUCCGCAAUUCCCCUAUUUCCAUCAUUACAAAGAGCAAUAUGCCACGGUCCAGCAGCGACGCGACUUCAUAGUCAAUUAUCUGAAGAAAUAUCACGAUGAUGAGCUCUUCGAACCCACUAUGCAGGAACUCGAUACGGUCGAUGCAGAGAUUCAGGUCUUCACCAUGCUCUCGCAUCUGUUCUGGAGUCUGUGGUCGGUGGUCAAUGUUACCUCAGCCAUUGAAUUUGGUUAUUGGGAAUAUGGCAUUGCGCGAAUUCUGGAAUAUCAGCAGUUGAAGUCUGCCUAUUUGGCAAAAUGAGUUUUGGCUUUUGAGGAUCAAAUUUUUGAUGGUGACUACUGCAAUCAUCAAACCGCACUUAAUCGAAUCGAGAAGCGUACUUAAGUGGCCUUAACCUUAAAAAAAAAAGAAAAUGAAAACCGGAAUCCAAUUUUAGCCAGGAAUCGUAUUCGUAUUAGUUAUUGUAUUAGUUAUUGCAGUUUGGCAACUAGUUGAGAACAACACUACUUCAUGGACCAGAUGUGCUAUAGCUAUGGAGGAUGAGAUCUUUUAUUUGAGAUGAAUAUACUAAAUGAAUAUGAUAUGACAUGAGAUGAUAUGGAUAGCUUGUGCUAUACAUGCACCCAUAUAUAAUAUUCUGAUAUUGCUGAGAAGAAAAGUCAAAACAAAUUAUUUGCAGCUGUGAUUAUUGCAUGAGUUAGGCAGUCGACAAUUUUACCUAUUAACGAUUGUUGUUGCUUUUGGUAAAAAGGGGUUUGGGGCGGGGAUAAACUACGCCCACACCCACACCCACACACUACAAACUGUAUCCAAGUAUUUAGGCAGCAUCUACUAUACAUCACUACUACUAAUAACAAGCACACACUAACUAACUUACUUAGCUCUUCAAUUUCAUGCAUUUGCACCCACACACAGCACACACACACACACGCCAUACCAAUUUGUUCGAAUUUAUUACUUGUUCGAAUUUGUUAUCCUUUUGCUUUCACUUUCGGAUUCUAGUAUUAUUUUCAAACCAUGUACACGCAUUAGAUUAAAUUGCUUAGUUCGAAAAUCAAUGAUUUAUUUAAAAGUCGAGCAAGAAGCAGCAACAAUCAACAAUGAAUUGUUUUUCUUUAUGUACCUACCGUAUUCCUUAAAUAAAUGUAGUUAAUUAUAUAUAUAUAUAUGUAUACUCGUAUGUAAUUAGUACUUAGCGUUUUUGCCUCUAAUUUUUAAUGCAAUCAAUAAAUCAACAAUUUAGUUACAAUUUAAAA